AUGUCCUCAAAGUAUUUUUUCAAAGCAAGAACUAUACUGGCUCCCACGCUGGACAUUGUUGAAGAGGUCAACAACCAUCUGAUGGCUAUCAUUCCUGGAGGGAAAAAAUUAUAUCUCAAUUCAGAUUCGAUUUGUAUGAAUGAAGGGAAUAUGGAGAGCCAACUAGAUCUCUAUGGUCCUGAAUUACUGAAUAGCAUAAAUUGCUCUGAUUUACCUCCACAUAAAUUAAUACUCAAGGUUGGUAUUCCAGUGAUGUUACUGAGGAAUAUUGACCAAUCCAGUGGUUUUUGUAAUGGUACAAGGCUACAAGUUAGGAAGCUUAGAAAUUAUGUCAUAGAAUGUGAAGUCUUAACGGGUAACAAUGUUGGUCAUAUUGCUUUGAUUCCAAGAAUGAAUAUGGUACUAACAAAUGAAACCGUCCCAGUUAGAUUCCAACGAAGACAGUUUCCAUAA